AUGGAAUCCAAGCCCAAGGCCAUCAUUGUUGGCGCCGGAAUCGCAGGCCUGGCAACAGCCUGGUGGCUCGACAGAGCUGGCUGGACCUCGAUCAUUGUCGAAAGAGCCGCCAGCGUGCGAGAAGGAGGCUACGUCGUCAGUCUUUCCGGCUGUUGCCUCGACACUCUCAAGCAGAUGAACGUCUUUGACGAUUUGAAGGCUCGAUCGUACAACUUUGAUGAAAACGUCAUCAAGGACACAAAGGGCCGCGAAAUGCUCCGGUUGCACUACGCUGAUGUGCAUGGCGGGCUGGAUAGCUUUGCUGUGCGUCGAGGUGACCUUGCCGAUGUCCUUUUUAAAGCCUUGCCAGCGACGGCAUCUAUUCAAUUCGACCAGACGCUGGAAACCGUCAUAGACGACGGAGACAAAGUCAAAGCAACCUUGAAAGGUGGCGAAACCAUUGAGGCUGACCUCUUGAUCGGCACCGACGGAAUCCGCUCCUCCAUCAGAAACCAGUUCUGGAAAGGCGCCGAUUGUCUGGAGGACCUCGGCUACUCUUACGCGGUAUACGAUGUCGACGAGAAGAAGGAGCUCGAGGCGUCAUGUGUCUCUUUCAACAGCCCGGGACAUCUCGAUGUCUUCUACUGCUUGCGCAAUGACCGACUGGCUGCAAUGCACAUCUGGCGAGACGACCUCGCCCAUCUUCAAGAACGAGACGAUCGUUUCGGCAUUCUCCGCAAGGUCACAGAUGGGGGAGCCGCGCAGGUGACCGAAAUUAUCGACAAGGCAGAAGCAGCUGACAGCGCUGUCAUCAUUGAUAGCCUUACCAUGGUGUGCUUGCCGCAGUGGUCCAAAGGGCGCGUUCUUCUCGUCGGAGACGCAGCUCACUGCCUCACGCUACUCUCCGGUCAAGGUGCCGGCAUGGCCCUCACAUCUGCCGAGAUCUUGGGCAAGGCGUUCAUGGCGACUAAGGACAUCCCGCAGGCUCUUGCCAGCCACGAGAAGAAGCUCCGCCCUGUCAUCGAAAACCUCCAGCGCCGCAGCAAGAAGAUGGCGGCCAUGUACAUUCCGAAGAGCAUCUGGGGAUAUCACCUUCGAAACCUUGUGCUCAAGAUUAUGCCGAGUUCGUGGAUUGCUUCGUGGCAUGUUAGCAGUGCCAAGGUCGAGAUGGACUUGGCCACAGUUAAAACCUGA